GGAGAAGUACCGCCUUUCCGGAGGUACAUCACACCACCUGGAGGUUCAAUAUCUAUUACACGCACAGAUUCGGCUUCUGGGGGUCAUCAUAUCUUUGAAAGUUUCCUCAACCCUCCUAAUCAACCACCGUCUCCUGGGGCAGACGAUUCAUAUUCACCCUCAUCUUUGGAACCUUGUCCAGAGCCAACAUUGUUACGACCUUUCUGGAUGCUCCGCUGCGUCGCUAAUGUCCUCAAUCAACCUCGUGGUGGUUUCUUGACUACCCGACUUUUCGUUCCUCGCCAGAUAUGGAUGAAUCGUAGCGUCAAACUCAAGAGCGUCGAAGACAAGAUUUCCAACUGCGAUCUGUUGACAGCCGCUCUGGGCAAGUUGUCCAAGGUUGAUACUUAUGACGCAGAUGCAGUGCUGGAAGAGCUCCAAGGAUUCGAGGAGGUGAUGGAGCGUGUACAAGCUGUGCUCAUCAAACGACUGGGCAGCGAAGUUGGCGUGCAGGGCAUCAGCGCGCUGUUCAAAGAUGCUCAUGGUCAGACCGAUAGCACUGGCACUACCGCUGAAGCUCGCGAUUCAAAGCCGAAUAAGAGCUACCUCAGUUCCUGGCGCAAGCUUCGAGGAAAGAACUCUUCGGGUGGCGUCACCGUUCCUCUGAGCAGCAGUCGCACGGAGAAGGAAGUUCCA